UCUUGCAUAUGCCUCUGAAUACUUUCUUGAUAAAUAGAAUUUUUUUUAUAAAUUUAAGUUCUUAAAGUACACCUGGGUUGAUGUUUGAUUUUUUUCUUGAGAUUAUAAUAUAAUGAAAGAAAUUCUUCUUUAUCUUGCAUAAAGGAUUUAUAUUAAAAAGGUGCAGAAGUUUCCUGAAUAUAGAGUACCCACAGACCCCAAAAUUGAUAAGAAAAUAAUCAGAAUGGAGCAGGAAAAAGCCUUUAACAUGCUAAAGAAGAACUUUGUAGAUGCUGGUGGUGUUCUUAGGUGGUAUGUACAGCUACCUACACAGCAAGCUCAUCAGUAUCAUGAAUUAGAGACGCCUUGCCUCCCUUUGUCACCUUCCCUUUUUCCUAUUUCUUCUCUUGAAGAAGAGGAAACUGCAGUCAGAGAUGAGAACUGUACAUUACCCUCACGUUUACACCCUCAAGUAGCACAUAAGAUUCAAGAGUUAGUAUCACAGGGCAUAGAACAAGUAUAUGCAGUGAGGAAACAGCUAAGAAAAUUUGUGGAAAGAGAACUGUUCAAACCUGAUGAGAUACCUGAAAGACAUAAUUUAUCUUAUUUUCCGACUGUAAACGAUAUAAAAAAUCACAUCCAUGAGGUACAAAAAUCCUUGAGAAAUGAAGAUAUGGUAUAUAACUCAGAGAUUAUUCCAGCCACGGUAUGAUUACAACCACAGUUC